AUGGCGAUAUUAUUUGGUGAAAAGCUUAGCUUAGCAUGGACUGGUGAUUAUCAAUCCCUGAAGAAUUUUAUAAGCGACGAUCUGCAGCUGGAAGGCGUUUGGUCGCAGCCUGGAGGAGAUAAAAAGCUAUUCACUGGAGAUGAAGCAACGAUAAUUUGGCGAAGGAAUAAGAACUUGCUGAGUAUCGAUGGGAAGAGAGCAAACGAUAUCGUGGGAAAGUUGUGUAAAAUUAUAUGUGGGCAAGACGAAGACAGCUCAGAAACGCCUGUCUCGAGGCGAUCAAGCGUGCAAUCAUCAUGUACUUGUGAGGGGAUUGGAACUCUUAAACAGGGACAGUUGAUCAGUGGAGAAGCGAUUCAAGCGCUAUCGGGGUCUGUUGCACAACUCGCGUCGAUGAUUACACAACUUCGGGAUUUUGUGAACUGGAAAGAGACAAAUCAUUGUAGUGCAGCUUCGAAAGCGCCAACACUUGAAGUGGAUAAAUAUGGUAAUCUGAAUCCUUGUAACACAAAAGACACUUGCCCUAGUGUACCUAAUGAGCCUACCAAUCUUGAUAACAACAAUGAGGUUAGUAACGAUUUACAUGAUUGCACUACAGAAAAUUUAAAUGUAAUAUUAACAGUUGAUUCAGUACCUGAAAAUAACUUAACAGUUGAGAGAAAAGUUAACUGUUUAUAUGAUUUAACGCAUAAAAUCUACAACUCGCUCAACAAGCCGACUAUCAUAAACGCCGAUUCAAAACAAUUAUACAAGUCCGAUGUCCUAAACAACGAUAAUCAAACAGAAAACUCAUCUCGCUCUGAAUAUUAUGACUUGUCUAUGGAUCUGGAAGGCGUUAAACUCGAUGUUGUAAUUAAUCAAUCUAAGCUUUCAAACAGUAUCUCAAUAAACCAAAAAGAUACUAGCCAAAACACUGAAUCGAUCAAUAAACUCAGAGACCAAUUGUCUAAUAUGCAAAGCAGAAUUGAUGCAUUAGAAGCCAAACUAGAUAAUCCCCUACCAAAGAAAUUAACAACGAAUGAGAAUUCCCCAGAGAACAAUGAGAGUAAGACUGCCUCGCCGCCAAUACAACCUCCAUUGAAUCAGUUAAACAAUGACGAAAUAUCGAUUAUAAAACCCUUGGCCUUGGAUGAAAAUACAAAUCAAUCACGCGUUAAUUUAAAAAGCAAUCAAGAUCAAAACGAGUGGUUGAACCCUGCGCUUGAUCCCCUAGAACUAAAUAAGACAGACAAAAUUUCCCACAUAAACAAAUGUGAAAUUAAGGAAGCGACUAACAUUCAAUACAAUGAUCAAGGCGAAGCUAUUCGAGAUGCCGAUUGUUCUUCUGAACAAAGUGUCAUACGCAGAAUUAAACCUAAACCUAACACCAAAUACAAAGGCCAUAAAACAUCAUUGAAUACAAAUAAUAGUCUAAAACAAAUGGCAAACGGCACAACAGACGUCACACACUGCGACACGAAUAACAGGAUAGAACAUAGCGAUCAGGAUCAAAGCGAAAAGAAAUACAAACACAGUCUACCUAGCAAACAACCACACGAAUGGUUGAAAUGGCUACCUUUGCUUGAACCCCUAGAACCAAUUGAGACAGACGAAUUUUCAUACAGAAAUGAAAUUAAGGAAGCAACUAAUGCUCAAUUCAACGAUCCAGACGAAACUAAUUCGCAUGUUGAGUGCUCUGAACCACCAAAUUUCAUCCAGUCUCUCUCUAGAACAAAUACAAAUAAUUGCCUGCGGCCAAACCUGAUAAAUUUUCGGCAACAUCGUUCGAAACGUCGCCCUCCGGACUGGCUCAAAUAUUUGGACCUAGUCAACCAAAUAACCAGAACCAGUACGUAA